AUGGCUUACUGUUACUCGAAGUGGAAGCUGCAUCAUACAGUGGACCGGUCGCCGCCUGAACAGCCGUACCCUGGUGUGUCGAUCCUGAAACCGCUCACCGGCGUCGACCCCAACCUGUUCUCCAACCUGGAAACAUUCUUUACUCUCGACUACCCCACGUACGAGUUAUUGUUUUGUGUGGAAAACGAGCACGACCCGGCAGUGAUGUUAGUGAACAGCCUCAUCCACAAGCACCCCCACAUAGAAGCUCGUUUAUUCGUGGGUGGACAGCGAGUCGGGGUCAACCCGAAGAUCAACAACAUGCAACCGGCUUACUUGGCGGCAAAGUACCCGCUGGUACUAAUCAGCGACGCGGGCAUUAGGAUGCGCGACGACACCUUGCUGGAUAUGGUGCAGCAUAUGACGGAGGAGGUCGCUAUAGUACAUCAAAUGCCAUUCGUUUGUGAUGCGGAGGGAUUCGCAGCCGUGUAUGAGAAAGUGUACUUCGGCACUGCGCAGGCGCGCAUGUAUCUGUCGGCGGACUUCCUGGGCAUCAACUGUCAUGUGGGCAUGUCGUCCAUGGUGCGGCGCUGUGCGCUGGAAGAGGCGGGCGGUCUGCGGGCCUUUGCAGACUACCUGGCCGAGGACUACUUUAUCGCCAAGGACAUCGUGUCGCGCGGCUGGAAGAUGCGCGUCAGCUCGCUGCCCGCGCUACAGAACUCGGGCACGCGGUCAGUGGGCGCGCUGCAGGCGCGACUUCGGCGCUGGGCGCGGCUCCGCAUCGCUAUGAUUCCUACGACAGCGAUGCUGGAGCCGCUCAGCGAGUGCAUGCCGCUGGGCGCCGGUGCCGCCUGGGCGGCGGGACAGUUGUUCGGCGCGGAGCCGCUACCGUUCUUCUUAGUGCAUGUGCUAGUGUGGUUCCUCUCGGAUUGGCUGAUGCUCCGGUCAGUGCAGAAUGGCUCGCCGCCAUUCACCAAAGUGCAGUUUUUGCUAGGCUGGGUGUGGAGCGAGUGCUGCGCGCCGUUCGUGCUAGCGGCGGCGCUGCUCAGCCCAGAGAUCUCGUGGCGGACUCGCACUUACCGAUUGGAGUGGGGCGGCCGCGCCCAUGAACUCAACCCUAAACUUAAGUUCUGA